GUCUUCCAGUAAUUGCGCUUGCUAUCUUAUUACAUUGUUGUUACUUGAGGGUGACGUAGAAAAUGCUUUCGAUCGUUUUUUCUUUUUGAAUUGAAUUUCAUUUUAUUCGCGGGAAUGACGGCAUUUGACGGAGUGUACCUGUACACUUCGGUAGUUUUCCAUUCUCUCUCGUCACUACUCUUUGCGUGUCCCAUUGGCCGAGUGGAAAACAACUAAGUUAUGUCGGUCGAUCAUUGGAAACUGUCCAUUACGCCAAUCCACGAAUGUCACACAUCCGUAACGCAGUAUCUACUAAAGCUACUUUACUUGUCUAUUCCUAUCGAAAUAUACGAGAAAGGCAGAAUGAUCUCGUGUCGAUAUUAUCUUAAUUUUUAUAACAAUUUCGAAGAAAGGACUAAGAAAUUGUGGAGAGAAGCGGAUGCGGUAUGCUUCGAUGUAGAUUCUACGGUUUGUAAAGACGAAGCUAUCGACGAAUUAGCGAAAUUUGCCGGGAAAGAAAAAGAAGUUGCAGAGAAGACACAGAAAGCGAUGAGUGGUGGGAUGACAUUUAAAGAGGCUCUUCAUCAACGUUUAGAGUUAAUCCAGCCAACUGUAACUAUGAUUCAUGAAUAUUUAUAUAAGCAUCAUCCUAAUUUCACUCCAGGAAUCAAAGAUCUAAUCAGAAUACUCCACAAUAGACAGAUUGCAGUCUAUUUGAUAUCCGGUGGCUUCUAUACAUUGUUAGAACCAAUUGCUAAAGAAUUAAAUAUAUGUUUAAAUAAUGUGUUUGCUAACAGACUUUUGUUUUAUUUUAAUGGUAAAUAUGCUGGUUUUGAUGAAAAUCAACCUGUUUGUCAUCAGAAUGGAAAAGCUGAAGUAAUAAGUUAUCUAAAAGAAAAUUAUGGCUAUCAGAAAGUUGUAAUGAUUGGAGAUGGCAUUACUGAUUUAAUGGCUUGUCCUCCAGCUGAUGGUUUUAUUGGAUUUGGAGGAAACAGCAAGAGAAAUAUCAUUAAAGACAAAGCCGGAUGGUUUGUUACAGAUUUUUACGAACUGAUCGAAGAACUACAAAACUAAAUUUAGUAUUAUUUUAAGAGAAAACUUUCUUGUGAUAUUUAUUAUAUAAUUAGUAUUUACACAAUUUUAUUUUUAAUAAAAACCAGUAUUAACAAAAUAUGAUUGCACCUGCACUCUUUGAGUGUGUACUGUAUGACCUCCUGUGGAGGCAAUAUUAGCUUUUGGAAAGCCAACAUGUAAUUUCUUUAUUAAUCAUUUUAGAUGUUGUAGUAGUAAAUGUACCUUUUAAUGGGAUUGUUUCAUUUGCUUAUUAUCUGUAUUUUUUAAUAAAAUUAUUAAAUUAAUUCAACACUUAGUUUUCUUAGAUAUACAAGCUCCUAUGAAACCUCUCGUAAGCCAAAAUAGUAUUAAAGUGAAGAAACGAAUGCUCAUAAAGUUUUCCUACAUAAAUUAAUUUUGACUCUGAAGUAUUAUUAACUCAUUAAAUAACACAUAUAACCUACAAUAACAUAUAGUUACUACAUUAGACAUAACCUGUAAACUAUGAAACUUUCUGGUCUCAAGAACUAAUCAAAACCCUCCUUGACUAUCUUUAAAUUCAACUUUUGCAAUAUUUUCAUCAUCAUCAAUUAUUUCUGUUUCAGCUUAUUGAAAAGACUAUCUUACUUAAGAAGAAAUCAGCCACUUAAUGGAAUGCCACAUUUUGUACACCAAUUAAAACGGAGAGAGUAUUUGUUGAGUGGAUUAUCAUUUUAUUUUUUGCUACUGGAUGCACAAAAUAAAUUGACCAAAAAACACUUUGGAAGCUUGAUGCUGAAUGUAGUUUCCAGGGAAGGAGCUUUGAGAUGUCUCACUGCUUGAGGUGCAUAAUGCCUCUAAAAUGGCACUGCAAAACAUCCCUAAAUGCUAGUUUGCUUUUUGCCUUUUAUACUUUCCAGGCUUUAUGUAUACAUAACAAGGGAAAGUAUUGGAAUUGUGUCAAAUUUGAUCCUCAAAGUGUUUUGCGAAUCUCCAGAUUUUGAGACUUCCUGAACCCAAAAAGUAAAAAAAAAAAACAGCAAAACAAUUUCCGCAUGUAUGUGUUGGUCUAUUUUGUUUUUUGUUUCUUAAUCUUUCCCCCAUUCUGAGAUAUUAAAUUUGGCAUGGCUUGUGUACAGGGGUGAUGCUAUUAAAAUUUGGUGAUUAAAUAUUGAAGGGGUAGGGAGCUAGAGGAUUAUCAUAUGUUAUAUCUCAAGUGGAGUUGGACUUGAUGUUAGUCUUCAUUAAGUCC